GUCACGUCACCGGUCGAGGAGAAGGCCUUGCCUGGGUGGAUCUGAGACAACACGCUGUCCAUUCUUCCACUACAUCCCUUUCUCAAUUUUUCUUUGUCCAUACAAACCUUUAGAUGUGUAUUACCUAACGCUUCACAUGACAUGACUUCAUGGGUGGUGGCGCAGCUUCAUAGACUACUCUUUUUCUUUGCAUUUCUUUGUUGGUUAGGGUCGGGAUCGAAAACUAUAGACUACAAGAUACCCCCAAUGGGCCUUUUUUUUUCUUUCCUUUUCUUGGUUGUACAUUUCGGGGUCGCCGAAGCGCUACAGAGGCAAAUGAAGUGGCUAGGGAUUUACAUUGCUUUGUUACUGUCUGGCGGCGGCGCUGACAGCAUGAUGAUUAUGACGACGUAGAGGAGAUGGGGCGUUUAAGGUGGGAAAUACCACAUAGAAAAUUCAGCUUGAGUUAUGCCUCUUACAACUCCUCAUCGUUUUGCACAUUCAUGUUUUGAUGUCAAAUUAGUAG